GUAACCCCACGGAGAUAUACUUGUUUGGUACUCAGAUCGCCAUGAUUCUGCUGGGCGCUAUUCCGGGCUGUUUCUUCGUCAGCAUAGUCAUAAUCCCGAUUUUGUACAACCUGAGAAUCGUCUCUAUUAACGAGUAUAUAGAGCUGAGGUUUGAGUCACGACUGCUAAGGACGCUGUCAACUCUGUGUAAUCUUCUCAAAGCUUUCAUUUACAUGGGCAUCUGCCUCUAUGCUCCAACAUUAGCUCUGUCUACAGUCACGGGCCUCGCUACCUGGGUAUCCACACUUAUCUUGGGGACAAUAUGUACCUUCUACAUCACAAUUGGUGGUGUAAAGGCUGUGGUGUACACAGACGUGUUGCAAACGUUGCUCAUGUUUGGCGGGGUGCUGGUGGUGGUGAUCCUCUGUUGUAUUGGCCUGGGCGGCGUUGACAAAGUGUGGGCCAUUGCAGACCGAGGUGGACGCAUCCAAUUUUUCAACCUCGACACGAGCCCUUUUGAGCGCCACACUCUGAUGUCCACUAUGGUCUUCGGCUGUUACUUUAUGGUCUCUACCAUCGGCUUCAACCAAAACGCCUUCCAGAGAUUAGCAUCUGUGAGGACGCUUCAGACAUCACAAAGAUUGGUAAUGGUCUUCCUGGUGGGGUUGUGUACCUUGUGGAGUCUCUUCUACUUCUCGGGGCUCGUCGCCUAUGCCACCUACAGUGAUUGUGACCCGCUCACUACCGGCAAGAUUGACAAACCUGACCAAAUAAUUCCAUUCUUGGUGACUGACAAGCUGAGUCACUUGCCGGGGUUGGCCGGGAUCUUCGUGGCGGCAGUCUACGGCGGCGUCCUCAGUACACUGUCGUCAUGCGGUAACUCAUUCGCGUGUGUCGUCUGGGAGGACUUCUUGAAGAAGCGGCCCUACUUCAGCAGACUGAGUGAUGUCGGCGCCACUAACGUCGUUAAGAUUCUGUCUGUGAUGGCUGGUGUGGCAGCCAUAUGUAUGGGGCUAAUGGUGGAGAAGCUGGGUAGCAUCUUCCACGUUGCCAACAUCUUCCAGUCUGCCGUGGGAGGCCCACUUAGUGGUCUAUUUUUUACAGGCGUCUGUGCACCGUGGGUCAAUGCAAAGGGAGCUGUGGUGGGGUUCGUACUGUCGUUCAUCUUCAGUGUUUGGGUAGUUAUUGGUAAAUUUGUGCGAGGAGGGGGGUCGCCUCCCCGCCUGCCACUGUCUACUGAGGGCUGCCCGGAGAACCUUGCCCUCUUCCUUAACGCCACCGUCACCGGCCUCGUCAACACUACCAUUCGUCUUGCUGAUACUACGUUGACGACCACCGCUCUGCCUGAUGCUGUGCCGGCCAACACCACAGCUGUCGAUGGAACUCAAUCUAACACUAUCUACGAGAUCUCCUACUGCUACACGGGCAUAAUUGCUGUGGCGCUGACAUUUAUAAUCAGCUCUCUCGUCUCUCUGUUGACAGGUCCUAACAGCCCUGAGGAUGUGAGUAAGGGAGUGGUGAGUCCGGCAUGUGCCAGAGCCUACAAGCGUGUGUGGGAGAGUGUGAAGGGUCGCCCCACUUACACAGUCACCCAAGACAUUAUCAACGAGGAGGAGGAGGCGUUUAAGAUGUUGCCCAGACAUAACACAGAUAACCUCAACACUUCCUCUUAGUUCCCUCCAGCUGGUCCCUCUCUGAGACUCUUAGUUCCCUCCAGCUGGUCCCUCCCUGAGACUCUCAGUUCCCUCCAGCUGGUCCCUCCCUGAGACUCUUAGUUCCCUCCAGCUGGUCCCUCUCUGUGACUCUUAAUUCCCUCCAGCUGGUCCCUCUCUGAGAAUCUUAGUUCCCUCCAGCUGGUCCCUCUCUGCGACUCUUAGUUCCAUCCAGCUGGUCCCUCCCUGAGACUCUUAGUGCCCUCCAGCUGGUCCCUCUCUGAGACUCCUAGUUCCAUCCAGCUGGUCCCUCUCUGAGAAUCUUAGUUCCCUCCAGCUGGUCCCACUCUGUGACUCUUAAUUCCCGCCAGCUGCUCCCUCUCUGAGACUCUUAGUUCCAUCCAGCUGGUCCCUCCCUGAGACUCUUAGUUCCCUCCCAGCUGGUCCCUCCUUGAGACUCUUAGUUCCCUCCAGCUGGUCCCUCCUUGAGACUCUUAGUUCCCUCCAGCUGGUCCCUCUCUGAGACUCUUAGUUUCAUCCAGCUUGUCCCUCCCCGAGACUCUUAGUUCCCUCCAGCUGGUCCCUUCCCGAGACUCUUAGUUCCCUCCAGCUGGUCCCUGAGACUCUGAGUUCCCUCCAGCUGGUCCCUCCAAGAGACUCUUAGUUCCCUCCAGCUGGUCCCUCCCUGAGAUUCUUAGUUCCCUCCAGCUGGUCCCUCCCUGUGACUCUUAGUUCCCUCCAG